AUGGACAGCCAACUCAGUUUUCCGCAACUGCCUGGGCAGUCCUGGGCAAGACUCGUAUACGAGGCCUACCCGCUCAGGUGUUUAUGCUGGCGCAUCACGGCACUCAAGCUAUGUCUCAACCUGUACGAGGUCCCCGUGCCCGGCAAGGACGUCGUCGACUUGGUGGGCGACGCGGCCAGCCAACGACUCGCGUACAAACUCGCGUCCGAGAGUAUCGUGCUGCUCCAGAACGUCAACUCGACAUUGCCCAUCGCUGUAUCCAGUCGUAUCUUCCUCACGGGUCCAUCCAUCGCCAGUAUCGGGAACCUCUGCGGGGGAUGGAGUCUGGCGUGGCAGGGGCUGUCGUCUGACAACGCCUUGUUUCCGCACGGACAGACAGUCCAAGACGCGCUGCGCGUCGCGUGUCCUUCCUGCGCCAUCGAAGCCAUAUCAGGGGUCGAUAUCCACGGCGCGUAUACCGAAGAUGUGCUGGUUGAUGCAGUCAAGAAAGCCUCUCGGUCCGACUACACGGUCGUGGUGCUAGGCGAAGGGCCGUACGCGGAGAAACAGGGCGACAUUGACGACUUGGACUUGCCUCGCGGUCAGCAAGAGUACGUCCGGGCGCUGGCGGCCACGGGGACCAAGGUCGUGUUGGUGUUGGUGCAAGGUCGUCCUCGCUUGCUGCGGGGGCUUCCGGACAAAGCCUCUCGGUCCGACUACACGGUCGUGGUGCUAGGCGAAGGGCCGUACGCGGAGAAACAGGGCGACAUUGACGACUUGGACUUGCCUCGCGGUCAGCAAGAGUACGUCCGGGCGCUGGCGGCCACGGGGACCAAGGUCGUGUUGGUGUUGGUGCAAGGUCGUCCUCGCUUGCUGCGGGGGCUUCCGGACGUAGUCCACGCCGUGCUGAACGCGAUGCUGCCGUGUGAGUUGGGCGGCGCGGCCAUCGCCGACAUCCUCUUGGGGUCUGUGAAUCCGAGCGGCAGGUUGCCGUUUACGUACCCCAAGACUAUGGCGGACAGCGCGGUGCCGUACUACCACCGACAGAACCUCGGGUGCGUCGUGAACGAGACGUUUGGCGAAUGCGAGCACGAGGGGCCGUUUGGGGCUGGUUCGAGCUACUCGACGUUCGCGUAUUUCAAUUUCACGCUGUCUGUGGGUGGCGAGCCGGGGCAGUACGACUUUUCACUCGGCCAUGGAGGGGAAGUUGCGUCGAUCACACUGCACACGACAAAGGAAUUGGUCUAUGCGUGGGCCGAAGUUCCAACCCCACUGGAGGCAGCGACGCCGUCAACACUUGGUGAAGUGUCGACCGUGUUGAAUCCUGUGGCCAACAUGUACGUAGCAGCGUCGGGUGACAUUUGA